AUGGCCGCCGUCGAUCCAACAUACCCACUCUACCCCAUCGCUUGCUUCCUGGCUUCAGCAAUGCUGCUCCUUGUACUCUUGACAAGCUUCAUCCGCCAAAGCUGGAACCUUAGUGUUGCGUUUCUGUGUUUCUGGCUCUUCUGGGAAAACCUCACUAAGGGUAUCGAUGCUAUCAUAUGGUUCAAUAACGCCGACAUCAAGCUAUACGUUUAUUGUGAUAUCGUUUCACAUCUCUUCAUGAUCACUUAUACUGUCAAGCCUAUGGCGACCUUGAUUAUAUCGCGCCGAUUGUACUUAAUUACCCGUCUACAGUCCAUAGAACUCCCCGACAGAGCUGCGAAACGCAAAGAACUCGCAAUAGAGUGGACUCUGGGGUUGAUGAUUCCUCUAGCGGUUGCAGGACCCCUCUACUACGUAGUUCAGGACUACCGAUUUCAAGUCGAGGAGGGUUUUGGGUGUAAUAACUCCUCUGACGAUUCAAUACUUGGGAUAAUGCUUCUCAGACUAUGGAACGUGAUUCCUCCGCUGGUAUCCAUCACAAUCUACUAUCCUCACGUCGCUCGACUCUUCCAUCGCCAAAGUCGAGACAUCAACCACUUCCUGCAGAGCAACAAUUCUGUGUCUCGGACAAACUACUUUCGCAUACUCGCUCUCGCCAGCAUCGAUAUUUUACUCACUUUGCCCGUAGGCAUCGCUAAUAUUGUUUUGGAUGUGGAACUAGAUUUGUCUCGCGGGCCCAUCCCGUUCUACUAUGGUUGGACCUACGACCACACUGACUGGCAACCGGAAGGCUUCCACUACGCAGAGACAGUGGCACAAGGAACUUCCGUCGUGGCAUACUUCUACUUCAACCAAUGGACAUCACCCUUCCUCGCAUUCGUCAUCUUCGCCCUUUUCGGUGUCACCUCAGAAGCCCGUGCAUCAUACUGGCGCUUCAUUUGCACCAUCGGUAGCUGGUUCGGCUGGAAACCGACCCCUCGUGCGGGCAGGGCGCGUUCACCGUUGGAAGACAUCGAGUUCGGCGAGCGGCCAGCUCAGAACUCUAUGUCUCUCGGUCUCGAUUCUAAUCCGAGCUUCAUCAAUCGCAACGCACAGGCGCAAGAGCGCACACCGGGCGAGGUGGAGAUUGGCACCGGCAAGGAGAUCGAAGAGGUCCGUCGGAGCACCGACGGUGCAGUUAGAGAUGCUGAGCAUCAGUCUGGAUAUCUGGAGUCGCACCGUGUCGAAGCGGUAGACGCCUCGAGUGCCGUGUGA